AAACAAACCCUUAACUUACCCAAAACAAACCAAUCCACGAAAGCUCUCCUGUGAAACAGUUCCGGCAACACUCUCUGGAGGGGCUCUUCACUAUGUUCAAUCACCUCCAACGUCUCCCAAUCCUCUUCUUCCUCCUCUUCUCAUUCUCACUCUCCGAAUCAAACAACGAAUCAGACACUCCCAUUUCCCGUUUCCAACAAUACCUUAGAAUCAACACUGCCCAUCCUAACCCAAACUACACUCCUGCCAUCAACUAUCUCACCAACUUCGCCAAUUCAAUCCCAAAUCUCCACUCCAAAGUCAUCCACCUCACCCCUACUAACCCCCUCCUCCUGUUAACCUGGCCAGGUUCAAACCCUUCACUUCCCUCCAUUCUCUUCAACUCCCAUCUUGAUUCCGUCCCUGCCGAGCCUGACAAAUGGACCCACCCGCCUUUUUCUGCUCACAUGACUUCCGAUGGAAAAAUCUUUGCACGUGGAGCGCAGGAUGAUAAGUGCAUAGGCAUGCAGUAUUUGGAAGCAAUCAAAGUGAUUCAAAGCUCUGAUCCUGAUUUUGUACCUUUGAGAAAUGUUCAUGUUGUGUAUGUGCCUGAUGAAGAGGUUGGCGGGUUUGAUGGGAUGGAGAAGUUUGUGGAGUUGAAAGAAUUUGAAGAGUUAAAUGUUGGGUUUAUGAUGGAUGAAGGGCAGGCUUCGACUAAUGAUGAGUUUAGAGUGUUCUAUGCGGAUAGGACACCUUGGCAUAUGGUGAUUAAGGCUGUUGGAACGCCUGGACAUGGCUCUAAAUUGUAUGAUAAUACUGCUAUGGAGAAUUUGAUGAAGAGUAUUGAAGUUAUUACAAAGUUUAGGGAGUCUAAGUUUGAUAUAGUUAAGGCUGGACUGGCUGCUAAUUCUGAGGUCAUUUCGGUGAACCCAGUGUUUCUCAAGGCUGGAACUCCUUCCCCAACAGGAUUUGUGAUGAACAUGCAACCCUCUGAAGCUGAGGCAGGAUUUGAUAUUAGGAUGCCGCCAACAACUGAUCCCCAACUUAUGAGGAAGAUAAUUGAAGAACAAUGGGCACCAUCUUGGAGGAACAUGACAUAUGAGAUAGUUGAGAAAGGAUUCCUAAGAGACAACAGGGGACGUCCUCUGAUGACACUUGUUUCUGAUUCUAACCCUUGGUGGUCCGUGUUCAAUCAAGCUGUUACUCGAGCUGGUGGCAAACUCUCCAAGCCUGAAAUGUUAGCUUCGACUACUGAUGCUCGAUUCAUGAGAUCGUUGGGAAUUCCUGUCUUUGGUUUCUCUCCCAUGAAGAAUACCCCCAUCUUACUUCAUGACCACAAUGAGUUCCUCAAGGAUACUGUUUAUUUGGAAGGGAUUACGGUGUAUGAAUGCAUUAUAAAGUCAUUAAGUUCCUUUGAGGGGUCUUAUGAACACUGAUGCAAUGGGUUUCUCAACAAUGAAGCAUUUGACAACUUGUUUCAUGCAUCGCUUGGUUGAUUGAUUGUCUCUUUAGUAGAAUCUCAGCUGCACUGCCCUGCCCUACACCAAAACAGAAGCAAAUUGUGUAUCAAAUGACCUUUUCUGGCAAUACCUAUUUGAUUGAGUUUCAUAAAGAAUAUUCUAAUUAGUUUAUGCAUCAUGUAAUGCAAACACAUGAUGUUUCAAGUGGACUGAACUAUAUUUUUUUUCCUGAUUCACUGUAGUUUAGGUAUUUCAAAAAGUUUGUUUGCUUCGGUGUCUGGAUGAGUUCUCAUUCAAUCAGUAGUUUCUUAGACGUCCUAGCAUUGGCUAGUAGAUUUAGUCAUCAGUUAGAAAUCUACUCUUUGAAAGUCAGCUGCUAGUGACAUGAGUGCAAACCCCGGAAAAAAAAAGGAAGGAAGGAAGAUGUAGAUUGCUGAGAAUUCAGACUACUCCAGACUAAAAGAGUUACUGCAAAGCAUAACUAAAGCAUACCCGCAAAGGGAGCUUAUCACAUUUCUGUGCGUAAGAUUUUUGGGAAUUUCACGUAUAAUAAGAAUUUUUUCUAGCGCAUGAACAUUAACUAACAGUUGAGAAUAAAAAGUUUCUUUCCGUUUGAUAAAAAUCCUUUCAGCACAUGAAUGACAGCUAACAGUUUUAUUUUUAAAAUUUUAUAUCUGAAUGUGGAAGCACAGAAGAUUCGUCACAUAGCCCCUAUAAUAUUUUCGGUAAUCUUAAAGUUACUGGUUUCUGAAAAAAAAAAAUUUACGGUAAUCCUUAUCAGCGGCUACCUUCU